GUUAAUCACAAUAUUAUACUACGAUUGUUUGAAGUCUUUCUCAGCUCACAGCCACAACCUUUUUAAUAUGAUUUAAAUCUUUAAUUUAAAAAUGACCAUAUUCGUCUCUAUAUAUGUAAUAUAUAGAUAGACGUCAACAAACCCGUAAAUCAUCGGAAUAACCAACUAAUCAACAACACUAUAAUAUUGCCUUCUCGGCCCUGAAGAGAGCUCUCCAAACACCAUGGAGGUUAGUAGAGAUUUUGAAAGUGGUGGCACUACCGAGCCAAAGAAAGCAAUCAGGCGAGGAGGAAAUAGAGCUGCUCUUUUUGUAUAUAUAAUGGAGGGGCUGGAAAACAUGGCGUUUGUGUCAAACGCAAUUAGCCUGGUGAUAUACUUCUUCAGCUACAUGAAUUACAGCCUAACAAAAUCGUCGACCAUGCUCACCAAUCUCCUAGGAACUGCCUCUUUACUAUCCCUCCUCGGCGGUUUCAUAUGUGACACCUAUUUAACCAGAUUUGCAACCGCUGUUAUUUUCGCUUUCAUUGAAUUAGGGGGAUAUAUAAUUCUACUAGUGCAAGCCCACCGUCCGGAUCUAAGACCGCCUCAGUGCCUAAGCAUCACACACCAAUGCGAAGGUGCGUCCGCAAGCGAAGCAGCAAUGCUAUACACAGGGCUGUACCUUCUAGCCCUGGGAACCGGAGGAGUCAAAGCUGCUCUGCCAGCCUUGGGGGCUGACCAGUUCGACGAGAGGAACCCGAAAGAAGCAAAACAAUUGUCCAGUUACUUCAACUGGUUCAUAUUCAGCCUUACCAUCGGUUCAAUCUUGGCUGUCACCUUGGUCGUAUGGAUAAGCACCAAUAAGGGCUGGGACUGGGCCUUCGGCGUUUGCACCAUAGCUCUUUUUCUUUCCAUCGUUUUUAUUUGUUUGGGGAAGCCUUUUUAUCGGAAUAACGUUCCCAAAGGAAGCCCACUCCUUCGUUUUCUAAGGGUUUUCGUGGCCUCUUUUCGAAAUCGAAAACUUUCAACUCCAGAAAAUGCAGAUGAAUUACAUGAGGUUUAUCUGGACAAAGAAGCUACCUUACAUCAUGAGAUCCUUCAAAGAACAGACCAAUUCAAGUUCUUGGACCGAGCAGCUGUGAUAAGAAGAACAGACGAUGGUGCAUCAAUGACAAGAGCCACCGAUUCAGGAUUACAAUGGAGACUGUGUACAGUUACUGAAGUGGAAGAGACAAAGAUCCUAAUUCGCAUGCUACCGAUCAUACUGAGCACAAUCUUCAUGAACACGUGCUUGGCACAACUCCAAACCUUCUCAGUCCAACAGAGCACCACCAUGGACAGAAACUUCAUUGGCUUCAAAAUUCCCGGACCCUCAAUCCCUGUCAUCCCUCUCCUCUUUAUGUUCGUUCUCAUCCCUAUAUAUGACCGACUCUUCGUCCCAAUCGCGCGAAGAGUUACUGGUAUCCCCACCGGCAUCCGCCACCUCCAGCGCAUUGGGAUUGGCCUAGUUCUCUCGGCUAUCUCCAUGACGGUUGCGGGGAUAGUAGAAAAGAAGCGCAGGAACGUCGCCAUUGACCAUGGCAUGGUCGAUAGCCCUGAUGCCUUACCAAUGAGCGUGUUCUGGCUUGGGUUCCAGUAUGCCAUAUUUGGGGCGGCGGACAUGUUUACCCUUGUCGGGAUGUUGGAGUUCUUCUAUGCAGAGAGCUCAGCAGGAAUGAAGGCGCUGAGCACCGCCAUCUCGUGGUGCUCGUUGGCGUUUGGGUACUUCUUGAGCACGGUGGUGGUGGAGAUCGUCAACAAGGUCAGCGGGGGAUGGUUAGCCAACAAUAAUCUCAAUAGGGAUAAGUUGGAAAACUUCUACUGGUUAUUGGCCGUGUUGAGUGUUGUAAAUUUUGGAGUUUAUGUGAUGUGUGCAUCUUGGUACAAGUAUAAGAAGGUGGAAAUGAUCAAGAAAGAUGAUGCUAAUUCUACUUCCCUAGGAAAUUAAGGCCCGAUCGGAUAAUAAUAAUAUAGUGAUCCCUAAUAAGUUUUGUUUAGGGUUUUCAUCCUAUCUAGCUAGUAGCCGCAUUAUAAGACUGUCAGUGUCAAUGUCAUGUGGUACGUACGUGCGGGGCUGCGUGCAAUCUUCACUUGUAUAAAAUAUAUUAGUUUGUUGUAGUCUGUAUCCUUUCCAAGAAAUUGUGCGUAAAUACAUAUAGUUGUUCGUAUUAUAAUUUAUGACCAUCACAUAAUCAUAAGAGAAAUCAAUCAAAAUUGCGCACAGAUGCAAAUAGUGUAUAUAAAACAAUUGUAAGUGAGGCAUAGAGUUUUUAUUUCAUUAUAAAUACCUCACUAUUUUAACAUUA